AACUUUACAAUUAAAGUUUUGCUAUUGGCUACACUGCUUAGGUUAAUCAUCGAUUAAAGUAAAUCAGAGUUGGCCCCGAGAUGGCCGCUUUCAGAUUUCUCUCUGGUUCAGUCUGGUUGAGGAUCUUUUUCCUGUAACCGCUGUAAUGUGCUGUAUUAUCUCAAAAGGCUCGCGCACUGCUGCCCUCUGAAGAAGUGGAUGUAAACUACACAACAAUAUCCAUUUUUUUGCGGUGCUCGUGCAAUACGGGGAGAAGGUUUCUCUCUAUGCAAUAUAUAUGUAAUACGUGUCACCGCCGGUGCUUGUCACGCGUGUAUACGUGAAAAAUUUUCAAAUAUUUCGCUCUUAUAAUAUUUUGUGUCAAGAUUGAUAAAUAUGACGGCGUUGACAGUGUUAUACAAAUUUUGGUCAGAAUACACAAAAAAUACACCCAAGAAACUGAAAAUUAUUGAUGCGUACUUACUGUACAUAUUUCUGACGGGUGUUACCCAGUUCGUGUAUUGUUGCCUCGUCGGCACUUUUCCCUUCAAUAGUUUUCUCAGUGGUUUCAUAUCCUGUGUAUCCUGCUUCAUUCUAGGAGUUUGUCUCCGAUUGCAAGUUAAUCCACAAAAUAGAAGUCAAUUUCAUGGUAUAAGCCCAGAAAGGGGAUUUGCAGACUUCAUUUUUGCACAUAUUAUUUUACAUAUUGUUAUAAUGAAUUUCAUUGGAUAAGAUGUCCAGCUAUAGUAUAUAUAUACAUAUAUAAUAGAGCAACAGCAUCAUUUUCAAAAAUAAAUUGGGUUUAAUAUAUAAGUAUAUAACAUGUUUUUCUA